UGGAAGAAUUGCGGAAAUUAUAAGAAUUUACGUAUUAUUCAUAAAUAUAAAUAGUAUACUGACCGCAUCUCUGGACGCGUUUAUUUACUACGAGAAAAACGCUAUCAUUCGUAUUUUUAUAUCCCGAAUAGUGGUUUUUAUAAUAUUUAAUUAAAAAAAAAAUACAGGUACUCCUUUUACUUCAAGAGAAUAAAGUUUAUUACCUAGGAAUUACACGAAAUACCUUAAAAACACUUUUUUAAAUGGCACCAAUAACGAAAACCCCUGUAAUGGUCUUACAAGAGCUAACAAUUCAAAAGGGUUUUGCUCCUCCCGAUUUUCAGAUUGUCUUCAGUAAUUCUGGAACGCACGAAAAUCGCUUCGAUUAUAUGGUAGCUGUAGCUGGAAUUACAGCCAGUGGAACUGGACCCUCGAAACAGGUAGGGAAACAUGAUGCCGCACAUAACGCACUGAAAAUCCUGGAAGAAAUGGGCAUCUAUAAGCCGUCUGAAAAUCCAGUGGCCGAAUUUAAAGUCCCUUUUAAAGAAAGUGGUGGGAGUCCUUUUAAAACUGCAUUAAAUUGCAUAGUUGAAUUGCAAAACAUAUGCAUAGAAAAAAAAAUUCCGGCACCUGAAUUUAAUGAAGUUUCCAGUGUGGGACCUCCUCACGCCAAGGAAUUUACUUUUGAAUGUAAAAUUGCCUCGAUAAUGACGGAAGCUAAAGCCAAUACCAAGAAACUGGCGAAACAGUUGGCAGCAAAAGAGAUGCUAGAAAGAAUGAAGGAUUUAAUACCAGAUUUAAUAGAUGAAUUUAGCGAAGUAGAUAGAGCUUUAAAAGAUAAGGACUCAGAAGCUAUAUCAAGUUAUAAUGAGAUGAUGGACAUAAUUCCCGAUAAAAGUGUAAAGAUGGAUGAGCUACCUUAUACUUUGAAGAAGCUGAUGGAUAUAAAAAAUCUUAGAUACGAGGAUUUUCGAGAGGAUCUUCAAACUCCGUCUGAAGAAAAUUUAAAGAAAAUUUUAGACAGGCUAGAAGUGGGCUAUGAAAUUUUACCUUUUCAAGAAAACCCACCACUGGCUGCACUAAUUCUCAAAAUCGACACUCCGUUUGUUAUAAUUGGAAAGGGCGAGUCUUUUGAAAAAGCAAAAGAGAAAGCGUUGAGUGAUGCAUUUAUCAAAAUGGAUUUCUUUAUGCAACUCGAUUAAUAAAAUAUGGUUGGCUAGCUUGUAAUAUUAAAAAAUGUGAUUUCUAACGAAGUUUGUUGGUGUUAUUAGUUUCCGCCACAAUCUGAUCGGUAGGUAAAAUAGGUAUGUUUAAUUUUUAUAACAGACAAUUAUCAAAUACAUUUGAAAAUGUCUUCAGUUUGUUACAAAAAAAAAGAUAUUAGAGUUAUUUAUAUACUUGAGGUUUUCAUUUUUUGAUACGCCUACAGAAGAUUGUUUUUUAAUUUUGCAAAAUAAUAUUUAUAAUAAUAUAAUACAUA